GCCACAGCGGUCAGGUCACUCAGAACUACGGCUUGGACACUCAUAGUGAUCCCGAUAGUAAAACGACACUGUCCACAAUGAUAUAGGCUUCGUAUUUCUUGGCAAUAAUUCAAUUAUGAGUUUGCCUAACAAGAUUAGGCCGAGAGUGGCGUUUAAAUGGAUUUGAGAUUUAGGGGACGUGCCUACAUCAGACAUGAUAGUGAAGUCCUAUGUAAAGCAUUUAUAAUUCAACCUUGCUCCGUUGUUGGACCCGGGGACAAUAAAAUGGUGGAUCCCCGAUGAUGUGAAAUUGCGGAGUUGAAAGGACUCGGCGGCGGACUUGCGGACUUCACUCUUCAUCAUCCACAGACCGAUUUUAGCUUUAGUUUCUAUCUAAUUACGUUCAUACCUUAGGUACCUACUAAUCUUACCUGCUGUGAAUACCCUUCAGGUACUUGUGACUGAGAAAGUCGUCUUUACGACAUAUUGCAAAUAUUUCCCCAGCUAGCGCGUCUUCCUCUCAGAGCGGAAUUCAUGUCUCCGCGCGGAGGCUCAUCUAGGCAGAAGAGCUGCAACGCCUGUGUGAGGAGCAAGCGACGCUGUGACCAGCGGGUCCCAGCUUGUGCUAAUUGCACCAAGAAGAAGCGUCUCUGUAUCUACGGGCAACAGUCGGACACGCAGUCGUACGGUAACUCUGCGGGUGUUCCGACAAGUCUAGACUCUUUCGACGGUCCUCCGUCUACGUCCUACGGUGACAGUUUUGUACUAGAUGACGGCAACGUCCCUACUACUACUAUGGGUAUUGGCGUAGAUAUUUCCCCUGAUGAAACUAUUCACCUCGAUAGUACGUUUGAGUCUUUAUUGGGCUCGAUGAAUGGGCCCGGAUUUGGCGAUCUACCCGGGCUGCCCGAUUUCUUGAGGCAAGAUACACAGAUAGCAUCAAUUCCAAAGAGUAAAAUACCAUCUCCUCAAGACUAUUCUAGGAUGGCAGCUGUAUGCGACGAUUAUGCUCCGUGGCAACUUGAGGACCCUUCAACUAGAAUCGCUUACGCGAUAAAAACAUUCAAAUGCUUUCAUAAAACGAUUGCCCAAGAUAACUCCACUAUAUAUAUGCAUCGUCACUUAUAUCUAACUGAUACGCCACCCUGUAUCCUGCAGGCGUUCUCAGUGUGCGUUCUCUACGCGAACCAGACGGAGGCAAACCGUGGCUUUGUCCUUAGAGCUCUUUACGAGAAUGUCCAUAAUCUUAAAAUAACGGUUAGUGGUACAUCAUUAACGCCGCGGGAAAAGCUUGCGAGAGUCCACGCUCUACUUGUUUAUCAAACCAUUCGUAUGCUUGAUGGAAACGCCACUCUAGGGCAACAAGCCGAUGAAGAUGUACCGUUAUUAGAAGCCUGGAACGGGGAACUGCGCAAGAUAAGAGAUAACCUCGAGGACUUCGCUGAGCUCGAUGUUGCUGAGAUUCGUAAUAAGCCACCCGAGUCUUGGGAACGCUGGUUAUUCGCAGAAAGUGUUAGGAGAACUUAUGUGAUAUGUGCUGCUCUUGCUCACUUUUGGAGUUUAUUGAAAGGACAGAGGAUACCUACUGAUCUUGGGGAUUGGCAAUAUGUCCACCGGUGGACCCUAUCGAGACAUCUAUGGGCUGCCACGAACCCCUUGGAAUUUCAAAGGGCAUGGAAAGAGAAGCCUAUGUGGAUCAUAUCAGCCUUUUACUUCGACGAGUUUUUGCGGACUGGGAAAGGAGAUGAUGUCGAUGACUUUGCGCUUGCUUUCCUCACAUUAUCUUUCGGUGUCAACGAGAUGAAAAUGGUUUGCUAUGAGACAAGCGGGCGGCUCUUAGAAUAAUUGAAGGUAUGGGUUUGCCAACUCCGCAGUCCGCCAAUUCCGCCCCCCGUCCGUAUACGCGGAGCGGAUUAUGCACGACACAUGCGGAAGACGGAGGUAUAGUAAAGGGUUCCUAUGAACUAUCCUAUAUCUAAGGUUGGCAUCGUCUUCCUAUAAGUACCUAGGUAUGAACUGUAUCCAGCUGUAAAUAUCACAUCUACUCUUUCAUAUCAUCGAACUAUCUUGCCCACGAGCUUAUCAACAGCUCAACUCAAGAUACAAUCAAGUAUUAAUUUCCAAAUAAAUGAACAUGUCACCUAUCCCCUCUCGUCAACUCGGAAAAGACGGUCCUCUAGUUCCCCGCAUAGGCUUCGGCGCCAUGGGCCUCUCUAUGAGCUAUG